AUGAAUUACUGGAUAAUAGGAUUAUUACUGAUGAAUUAUGUACUGGGUAGAAUGAAUAUUCAGGAUGUACGGGAUAUUCAUUAUACUUUAAUUGGUGAGAAAGAGGUGAUUAUUAAUCCGGAUGGAGCCCUUAAUCCAUUACGUGGUUAUAUUACACGCAGGAAUGCAUAUAUGCAUAAUAAACGGUUUUAUUCGUGUGAGAUAGACACUCACUACUUACUGCGGGUGAAAGACACUGAUAACCCUUAUAUGCAGGAAUAUGAGUUUACAAGGACCCCAGCCAGUGACAAAGUCUAUGAUGACUUAAAUGAAGAUACCUGCACUAAUAAGUAUCUGAAAAUGUAUUAUUCUCAACUUAUAAAGAUGUUUCCUUCUGUGGAUGGUGAUAUUUCCAUUGAGGCAGGUAGGCCUAAUAUGCUUACUAACUUCUUAAGGGCAGCACAUGUUAAAAAAGACGCAAAAUACAUUCUAGCAGCCUUUUUGCUUCUCUCAGAGGGAAUUGACAUAAAAAUAAGCAUAGACAAAAAAGAAGAAAAGAAGAGGCUUAUUAUAAAGAGUAAGAGAGUGGAAGGGAAGGAAUUUACAAAUGUGGAAUUAUAUCUAGCAGGAAUAGAUCCAGUUACACUGAAAUAUAAAGAAGAUAUUUACCAAAGUGAAGUAGUAAAGGGUGUUAACUUCUAUUUGCGCUGCAGAGAUAAUCCGUUAAUAAAGAAGGGUGGUGAGUUUUCCAUGCCUGCUACAAAAGAAGAAUUUGAAAGUGGCAGAUUCCUGAAUAAUGCAGGAUUCCUUAUACAGACAUAUAUAUACGAAUACAUUGAUAAUAUACAAGAGUAUAAGGCAUUUUUGGAGGCAGUUUAUGAAUUGUUGGAAGAUCAGAUUACUAAAGGAUCUGGUGCAGAAGGAAAAAAGAAAGAGAAGAUGGAAAGAAUAUUUAAAAAGUUCUUUCUAGAGAAGGAUUCCCUUGGGGAAAACAAAAAAUGCAUUAUGCCUUUCUAUAACCUUAUGAAGGCAGCAGAUGAUGAUUCUGUAUUUCCCUUCUAUAAUUCUAGCCAUUUACCGCGGUACACUAGAGUGCCUUGUUUAAAACUAGACAAAUCUGGGUUUGAUUUAGACCAAGCUGCAUACUACAGUAAUUGCGUGGAGACAGGCCUUCUUGGUCUAUUUUGCUGCCUGGCAUACAACCCAGAGACAAAAAGGUAUGAAACCAGUCACAUGGGAGAUAAAAUAAGUGAUGAAUUGAAAGACUUCUUUGAAAAGUAUUUUAGACCAGCAGAAACCACAGACUUAGAGAUGCACAAAGAAUGGUGCAAGGUUGUUGCUUGCUUGGAAAAUGACAAGAUUAACUACAAGUACCCAAAAAAUGAACUUUUCUCAGGGGUUGCAAAUAUAUUCCUUGCAAUUGCAGAAAUAACAGGAGAAAAAGCAGAAAUAUUAAAAUUAGUCAAAUAUAUUGAAGAGUGCACUUCUGGGGAAUUAGAUUACUCACAGCAAGAAUAUAUUUCAGAUAAGAUAGAAUUAAUUAUUGCUUCUUUGUCGAAAAACAAGAAUGUGCAAGUAAGCUGUGAUAAAAUGGAAAUAGAGCAAGGGACAGCCAGUAAUCUAGAUCUGUUCUGCAGUAUUAACAUUAAUUAUACCUUUAAUGGUACUUAUAGUGGUAUUUCUAUAUGUGUGAAAAGAGGGCACACAAUUCUUAGUCUUCUGUCAGAACUAGACUCAAACUCAAGCAUUAAAGAGAAAUACGUAGAAGCCAGAAAAAUAUACAGUGGAAUGAAUAGUUACACAGGAUGCAUGAUUACACAGUGCAUUGAUGUGGAGAUAAAUAAUACAACAAUGGAUAGUUUAGAUGUUGAAGGAGAUUUCUUGAAAAAGGUGGAUACCAUAAUAGAAGACGGGUAUGAAAAUAUGUCUAAAGUAUUCUUAUUAGAGAAACUUGCAUACAUUAAUUUUAGGCCGUAUUUUAUAGAGAAAAUUAUAACUCACUCAUUGGAGAAAGAGCUUACCCCAAAGGAUCCUGCUACUCGUUUUGUUGCAAAUAUUUUGGGAAGUCUGCCCCUUAAUGAUGCUAUCACACGACACGCCUCAAUGGAACUAUUUCCAUUUCAUUCUAACUGGCAGACACUCUUCCCAAGGCUUGGGUAUGCACCAUUGCAGCACCUGCCUGAGGCAGUUAUUAUGAAAUUAUACACACUUAGACGGUAUUAUUCUCUUGUGCAAAAAUGUUCAGUUUUUGCUGCAACCAAGGCACUGUGCAACUAUUUACAGGCUACUGUAGAUAAUAGAGGCAGGUACUAUGCGAUAUUGUACUUCUCAGAGACUAGAAAUGUGUUUGAAAGUAUUUUGAAAACUCGCUUAGUACAGCACUUAGCAGAAAUUCAUUCUGUAAUUGAGAAAACCAAGGACCCAAAUGAUUUGGGGCGCAUUAACAUAGUUUACAUCUACUGGUUUAUACUUGCAUGCAAAGAGAAGGCUAAUUUCUCCUUGGAAAUUAUUCAGAUGGUUUACAGAUUUAUACACUUUGACCACUUGCAAGGCAUUGAUAGUUCCAAACUAAAAGAAUACUACGUAUAUAUAGAUAUAGUCAUACGUAUUCUAGAAGAAGAAAAAUCUCUUUUUUUAACGGAAAUUGAUAAUGAAAGCACAAAAAACUAUAAUAAGUUGCUAGAAUACUUUAAAACAAUUGAUCUUUCGGCUGCUUGCACAUGCAGUUAA